GCGUAGGAGCCGCGAACAUAGACGACCAGCACGCAGUCGAGCAUUGCCCACUCUAGAUUCGCUCGCUACAAAAUACGUAUGACAGAAGGAAUAUGCAGACUUCAAUUCACAUUCAAAUUCGUAUCUCAAUUACGUCGCUCGCAAUGUUUCUUGUCAAGACGUGGAGAUCACUAGCAUUUGGGCUGUAUGGGUACAAGAAUUUCAUGAAGUCUGGUUUUGUGGAGCACUCGAGAAAUUUCAGACCAGAAGAUAUGCAAGUACAACUAGAUGGGAAGAACUGCAUCGUCACUGGAGCAAACUCUGGCAUUGGUUAUGCAACUGCUGAGGGUCUUGCAUCACGUGGGGCAACUGUGUACAUGGUCUGUCGGAAUAAGGAGAGGGGUGAAGCCGCUCUUUCAGAAAUUCAAUCAGUAACAGGCAGUAAAAGUGUUUACUUGGAGAUCUGCGACAUUUCUUCCAUCAGUGAUGUCAAAUCCUUUGCUGCUAGAUUUUCAUCAAAAGACGUGCCUGUUCAUGUCCUGGUAAACAAUGCUGGUGUUCUUGAGAAUGAUCGCCGUACUACCUCAGAAGGAUAUGAGAUGAACUUUGCCGUAAAUGUUCUAGGAACUUACACCAUGACAGAGCUUAUGUUGCCGUUGCUGGAGAAGGCUGCACCUGAUGCUCGUGUCAUCACAGUUUCAUCAGCUGGAAUGUAUACAACUCCUUUAAUGGAAGAUCUACAAUUUAGCGGUAAAAAGUUUGAUGGGGUGGAACAGUAUUCUCGGAACAAGCGGGUGCAGGUGGCAUUGACGGAAAAAUGGGCUAAUAUGUACAAGGAUAAAGACAUUGGCUUCUACUCAAUGCACCCCGGCUGGGCAGAGACGCCUGGAGUUGCCAAGAGUUUGCCCAAUUUUUCAGAAUCGUUAUCAGGAAAACUGAGAACGAGCAAGGAAGGUGCGGAUACAGUGAUUUGGUUGGCUUUACAACCGAAAGAGAAGCUCGUCCCUGGAGGGUUUUACUUCGACCGAGCAGAAGCGCCUAAGCACUUACCUUUUGCCGCUACAAACUACUCUCAUGCGGCCAUCGACUCCAUUGCUAGUAACCUCCGAACUUUGGCUGGUCUAUAGCCACACAUGAAUCAUUCUUGUUUUUCUGUGUUGUGGAAAUGAAACUGUGUUUAGAGUUAUGGACGCUCAUCCUUGAGUCUAGUUCAGACAUUCAUGUGGAAUACUUGUAAAUCAAAUUGGGGGAGUUUACAGAAGCUUGCGCGUUUUGCAUAAAUAGUAGAAGAAAAAAAUUGAAAAUUUUGUAGCCGAAGCAAAAGUUGAAAGUGUUUAUAAAGCACGCUCUCCUAGCA